CUGGCUAUGGAAUUCCCAUCAGAAGACAUUUUUUUAAUGACAGCUUCUCCAGUUAUAAAAGCUGUAACAAAUUUCAAAAAGGUCUCCAAAAUGCUGGAGGAAUUUGAUGUAGAAGAGCAACCAAGUUCUCAAUUAGAAAAACGGUAUCCCAAUAUAAAAGUUAUACAGUCUGGAGUAAAACAAUUGAAAAGUGAUGAACAUAAAAUUCUCACUGAAGAUGGGAAAGAAUACGUCUAUGAAAAACUUUGCCUGUGUGCUGGUGCAAAACCAAAAUUAAUUCUCGAAGGAAACCCAUAUGUUUUGGGAAUCCGGGAUACUGACAGUGCGCAGGCUUUUCAGAAGAAUUUGGCUCAAGCUGAGAGAAUAGUCGUGGUAGGAAAUGGUGGGAUUGCACUGGAAUUAGUGUAUGAAAUUCAGGGCUGUGAAGUCAUCUGGGCCAUCAAAGACAAAGCCAUUGGGAACACUUUUUUUGAUGCAGGAGCAGCUGAAUUUCUCAUUCCAAAGCUAACUGCUGAAAAACGAGAGACUCCAAUUGAAUGUAAAAGAACCAAGUACACAAUGGAAGGAGGUGAAGAAAGAGAAAGACCUGUAGCAGCACCUGACAGACUGGGCAGUGCCUUAGGCCCCGACUGGCACGAGGGCUUACACCUUAAAGGGACUAAAGAGUUUUCUCAUAAAGUACAUAUUGAAAUACUAUGUGAAGUAAAGAAAAUACACUUACAGCAAGAAUUUAUACAACUACAGCAGACUUCUUUGGCUUUUCCUAAGGAAGACAAAAAUGCAGAACCAGAUGAGGUGCUAUGGCCUGUGUAUGUGGAAUUAACUAAUGGAAAAAUUUAUGGAUGCGAUUUCAUUGUCAGUGCAACUGGGGUUGUGCCAAACAUCAAAAUAUUUCUUCAUGGCAAUGAUUUUGCUGUCAGUGAAGAUGGAGGCCUUAAAGUAGAUAAACACAUGCACACAUCCCUGCCGGAUAUCUAUGCAGCCGGAGAUAUCUGCACAGCAUCAUGGGAACCCAGUCCAGUGUGGCAUCAGAUGAGACUGUGGACUCAAGCUAGGCAGAUGGGGUGGUAUGCAGCAAAAUGCAUGGCAGCAGACACUUCAGGAGAAUCUAUCGAUCUAGAUUUCUGCUUUGAACUAUUUGCUCAUGUUACAAAAUUUUUCAAUUACAAGGUGGUGGUUUUGGGAAAAUACAAUGCUCAAGGUUUGAGUUCAGACCAUGAACUGCUGCUGAGAUGUACCAAGGGACAAGAUUAUGUUAAAGCAGUGAUGCAGAAUGGCCGAAUGAUGGGAGCUGUGCUUAUCGGUGAAACAGACUUGGAAGAAACCUUUGAGAACUUAAUUUUAAAUCAGAUGGAUCUUUCAGCCUAUGGUGAAGAUCUCCUGAAUCCAGAUAUUGACAUAGAAGAUUAUUUUGAUUGAACAAAACCC